CGGGCGCUGCAGCGGCCUCAUUCCCCAGCCCGGGCGGGCGGGCUGGCUGGAGAGCGAGCGGAGCCGACGGGAGCGGGCGGAGCGGAGCGCAGCCCGGCCGGGGCGAGCUGGGGUGGCCAUGGCACUGGCGCUUCCACUCUGAGAGCCCGGGCCGCGGGCGGAGCCGCAGAAAUGACGGUGGAGUUCGAGGAGUGCAUCAAGGACUCGCCCCGAUUCAGGGCAACAAUCGAUGAGGUGGAGACAGAUGUGGUGGAGAUCGAGGCGAAGUUGGACAAGCUGGUCAAACUCUGCAGUGGGAUGAUCGAGGCCGGCAAGGUCUACAUCACCACCAACAAGCACUUUGUCAGCGGCGUCCGGGACCUGUCCCAGCAGUGCCGCAACGAUGAGGUGGUCUCGGAAUGUCUACAGAAGUUUGGAGACAGUCUUCAAGAAAUGAUCAACUAUCAUAUGAUCCUGUUUGACCAGGCCCAGCGGUCAGUGCGGCAGCAACUCCACAAUUUUGUCAAAGAUGACGUUAGGAAAUUCAAAGAAACGAAGAAGCAGUUCGACAAGGUCCGAGAGGACAUGGAGAUGUCUCUGGUGAAGAACGCACAGGCGCCGCGACACCGGCCGCACGAGGUCGAGGAGGCCACCGGCGCACUGACCCUCACCCGCAAGUGCUUCCGGCACUUGGCUCUGGACUACGUGCUCCAGAUCAAUGUGCUUCAGGCUAAGAAGAAGUUUGAGAUCCUGGAUGCGAUGCUGUCUUUCAUGCACGCGCAGUACACCUUCUUCCAGCAGGGUUACAGCCUCCUGCACCAACUGGACCCCUACAUGAAGAAGCUGGCCGCAGAGCUGGACCAGCUGGUGAUUGACUCGGCGGUGGAGAAGCGGGAAAUGGAGAGGAAACAUGCCCUGAUCCAGCAGAGGACUUUGCUGCAGGACUUCUCCUAUGAUGAAUCCAAGGUGGAGUUUGAUGUAGAUGCUCCCAACGGUGUGGUCAUGGAGGGAUACCUCUUCAAGAGAGCCAGCAAUGCCUUUAAGACAUGGAAUCGGAGGUGGUUUUCCAUCCAGAACAGCCAACUGGUCUACCAGAAGAAGCUCAAGGAUGGACUGACUGUGGUUGUGGACGAUCUCCGGCUCUGCACUGUGAAGCCAUGUGAGGACAUCGAGCGGAGGUUUUGCUUCGAGGUGGUCUCCCCUACAAAGAGCUGCAUGCUCCAGGCUGACUCAGAGAAGCUCCGCCAGGCCUGGGUGCAGGCGGUCCAGGCCAGCAUUGCCUCCGCGUACCGGGAGAGCCCUGAUAGCUACUACAUCGAGAGACUGGACCGAACGGCGUCCCCGUCCACCAGCAGCAUUGACUCCGCCCCGGACACCAGGGACAGAAGCAGCAAGGGCGAGAGCAUCCUCCAGCGGGUGCAGAGCGUGGCGGGCAAUGGGCAGUGCUGUGACUGUGGGCAGCCUGACCCCCGCUGGGCCAGCAUCAACCUGGGCAUCCUGCUGUGCAUCGAGUGCUCGGGCAUCCACAGGAGUCUGGGGGUCCACUGCUCUAAGGUCCGGUCCCUGACACUGGACUCGUGGGAGCCAGAGCUGCUGAAGCUGAUGUGUGAACUCGGGAACGGCACCGUGAACCAGAUCUACGAGGCUCAGUGUGAGGAGCUGGGGCUCCAGAAGCCGACAGCCUCGAGCUCCAGGCAGGACAAGGAAGCUUGGAUCAAGGUCAAAUAUGUGGAGAGAAAGUUUCUGAAGAAGCUCCCUGGGGCAGGGGCUGAGGCCAUGGAGACGGGUGGUGGAGGAGAGCCCAAGCCCCGGCGGUGGAGCACCAAGAAGUGCCGAAGGCACCACAGCUCUCCCCGGGUCCCCAGGAUGCGGCGCCAGCUCCGGCCCGAGCCCGCCGCCAUCUCCCCUGCGGCUCUGUCAUCAGCCAGCACUUUGGAGCGGAAGUUCCGACGCGACUCUCUCUUCUGUCCCGACGAGCUGGAUUCGCUCUUCUCCUACUUUGACACGGGAGCGGCUGGGGCAGGCCCGAGAAGUCUGAGCAGCGACAGCGGCCUGGGAGGCAGCACGGACGGGAGCUCCGACAUCCUGGUCUUCGGCUCCGUGGUAGACAGUGUCAUGGAAGAAGAGGGGGAAGCAUCCGAAGACUCGAGCGGUGAGGGGGAGCGCGAGACCUGGGACCUCGAGGACGGCCGGGAAGUGCACCCGGGCCUGCUGGCCUACAGGGCGGCCCGAGCCAGAAACCUGCCCGUCCUGGCCGAGGCCCUGGCCCACGGGGCCGAGGUGAACUGGGUCAACGAGGAGGACGAGGGCAAGACGCCGCUGAUCCAGGCGGUGUUGGGGGGCUCCUUGAUCAUCUGUGAAUUCCUUCUUCAAAACGGGGCUGAUGUGAACCAAAGAGACAGCCGGGGGCGGGCCCCUCUCCACCACGCCACCUACCUGGGUCACACGGGACAGGUCUGUCUGUUCCUAAAGCGUGGGGCCGACCAGCAUGCGUUGGAUCAAGACCAACAGGACCCGCUGGCCAUAGCUGUCCAGGCUGCCAACGCUGACAUCGUCACUCUGCUUCGGCUGGCUCGGAUGAACGAGGAGAUGAGGGAAGCUGAGGGACCCCUCGGACAACCAGGCGAUACCACCUAUCUGGACAUCUUCCGGGAGUUCUCCCACAUGGCAUCCCAUCACCCGGAGAAACUCAACCGGCAGAGCCUCCAUGGCAACCCCUCGAACCAAUAGCCUCUCCCUUCUCCUCCCCGGGGGCCGGGCCUGUCCCUGCCCGGUUUUGUCUGCUUUUAGAGACCCAGGAAGCAGGAGGGGAGGAAAGGGGAGAUGGUCUCCCUGUACCAUCCCCGUCUCCAGAUUUUGCCCAUUAGCCUCAAGGCAGAGAAAAGGGGGAGAGAACUUGGGGCUCAGCCGGGCUGAGUCUGAUCUUUGCCCCUCGGCUUCUUAGGGGGUUCCAUAGGAGGGGCUCGAUCUUUUUUUAUUCUUGGGGCUGGAUGAGGUCUCUCCACCCUAGUCACUGAGCCCUGCAGGUGGGCGUCCAUCUCCUCUGGACCCGUGUCCCUUCACAGCCUCAGAGGCCCUACGGACGAGGCUCUCCAGGGGCUGACACCCCAAGGACACUCGCGGCCCCGCCCAGGAGCAUUUCGGCAGAGCUCGGUCUCACGCCUGGUGGCCACCGCUCUCGGGAACGCUCAGGGAGCCGGAGACCCAGCCCACUAUGUUACCCGUCCCCUUCUUUAGCCUGAGUGGCCGGCUCACUCUCAUAUAACUGUUUAGCCUUGGCUUUGCCCCCUGGUCAUCCCAGGAGCUGUCCUGAAGCUGAGCUGGGAUGGACUAGUCUGGGGAGGGGGCGCUCAGGGACCCCCAGGAAAGAGCAGCAGGACCCCGGGAUCAGCCGUGACCUAGAGGCUGGAGAUCCAACCCUUCCUCCGACCUGCCUGCCCUUCCCCUCAGAAAGGAACCCAGGUCCCUCACCCCAUCGCGCCCCCCGCAGCGGGUCCCUGGGCGCAGUCCCCUCCCUCCCUGCCCUAAAUCACAGCGAGCUCGGGGGAAAUGCCAGCUUUUAAUGCCUGAGUGAUGCAGGUAGAUGGGAAAUCUGCUGCCGAGGGGGCUUGUACCCCCGUCUUCUGCACUAGGGCGUCCUUUUUGCAGAGAAGAGCAGAUGGCGGCUUCCUUAGCAAAUUGGUGACAGGGA